CUCUCCAGUCAAACCUUCUCUCCUUUCCUCAGCAGCAAAGUGGGCUUCUGCUCCCACAGCAUGGACACAGCUUAGCAUCUCAGGCCAUGGGACGUCCUGGACACCCUGGGUCAUCGUUGGAGCCUCACCUGGAGGCCCCUCAACACUUACAAGUGGCCAAACACUUGUCAUCCUCCAUGGCAACAGAUGAAGCCAAUGAUUUGGAAGAGCUGGAAAAAUUUGCCAAGACUUUUAAGCAGAGGCGCAUCAAACUGGGGUUUACGCAGGGCGAUGUGGGUCUGGCUAUGGGGAAACUCUAUGGAAAUGACUUCAGCCAGACCACAAUUUCUCGCUUUGAAGCUCUCAACCUGAGCUUCAAGAACAUGUGCAAGCUAAAACCACUUCUGGAGAAAUGGCUGAGUGAUGCAGAAUCCUCCCCCUUGGACUCGUCCGUCAGCAGCCCCACUUCCUACCCCUCUGUGAGUGAGAUGUUUGGACGCAAGAGAAAGAAACGAACCAGCAUUGAGACCAACAUUCGCUCCACGCUGGAGAAACGGUUCCAGGACAACCCCAAGCCCAGCUCGGAGGAAAUCUCCCUGAUUGCGGAACAGCUGGCCAUGGAAAAAGAAGUGGUCCGAGUCUGGUUCUGCAACCGAAGACAAAAGGAAAAACGGAUCAGCUGUCCAAUGCCUUCCCCCAUGAAGUCACCCCUCUACAACUCCAGACUGGUUGCCAGCAAGAAGGGCUCCAUGUUGGCUCUGAGUCACUAG